UUCAGAGGCACCGAGGGCGAAACACAUCUGUAAUGUCACUCCGCUAUAUCAAUGAAUUUCUGUUUCAAAAGAAUUUCAAGCAAAACGUCAACUACAGAAAACGACAUACAAACAAGGUGGAAUGCCUUCGGAUUAUGUUCAAAAAUUGGAAAUGAAUGAAGUUGAUGAUAAAAGUCGGAAUUUUUUGAAACAAGAUUUCAAUAUGACGUCGAGUCCCUCGAAUACAAGCGAUAUGUUAACUGAUUUUCUAAAUGAAGAAUUGAAUUCUUCUCAUCCAGCAUCUAAUCCAUCAGCAGCUAAUGAUAACAGUGCUUUGGACAACAGUACGAGGAUGUCACAGAAUUUACCAUCAGAUCUUCAGUAUCUACGCAUGGACAGUUUUCCACCAGUCUCUUCUAUACCAUCAUCAGUACCUUCAGAUACGUUUCAUCAAGUGAAAUCACCCAAUCAAAGUAUCACAUCCCAGUAUUCACAAAACUUGUGCAAUGAUGCCCAGCCCAGUCCAUUUGUUACUAGUUCUCUUGUUUCUCAAACAUCCAAUACCAGUCAGUUUCAAAAAGGGCCAUCAGCCAAUGUCUUCAAUAACCCAUGUAUUACUUCGACAUCGAACCAAACUCAAUUACAUUAUAUCGUAUCAAAUUCACAGAACAACACAUUUAGUCAAAAUUCAGCACAAAUGGUAAACGAAGUAUCCUCUUCAGUGAAAAGUCCAGAUACCCCAAUUCAGUAUGAAGAUGUAUCAUCACGAGUAGCUUCACCAGACUCAAAAGGCAACAUGCCAAUAACUCAUUCUAGUCCCUCAACAGAAAUAGUAAAUGAACCUCCCGUCAUGAAAUCCUGUUUAUUACAAGAUAUUCUCACCAAAGUCAGCACCAAUACUAAGAUGCCUGUAGAAAUUGCUAACCAUGUCUUUGUCGGCUCAAAUCAGUUUAACCCACAAAAUCAACCUCAACACCAGAUCAAUAAUUCUUCAAAUCAGUUUCAAAAUAUACCGACCGGUUUACUAACUAGUGUACAGAACUCUGCAUUACCCCCAGGAUCAAUAUUAGUACUAACUCCAGGACAGUUUCAAAAUAAUCAGUUCGGUAAUCAACAACAAUUUCAAGCCACUUUCAGUAGUAUUAAUCAAAGUCAGUUUUCUCAACCUCAACAAGCACAAGUGAUUCAGACUUUGCCAUUACAAAGUCCUAGCAAUAUUCAAGGUCCGAUACAGUUAAAUCAGCUUGGUCAAGUUAACCAAAGUCAUUUUUCUGGUAGGACAAGUAAUCCACAGAGCCCAAUUAUUCUCAAUCCAGUGAUGAAAAUUGAGAACCAGCAGAUCCCACUGACACAUGGGCAAAGCCCAAAGACCCAUGGGCAAAGUCCACAGGUACAGGUACAUGAACAGCAAAAUAUGUUUAGAUUUAAUAAUUCUAGUCAGCAGAGUACAUCAGAUAAUGACUUGAAGUUUCUGCUAGAGAAAUUGACAGAACCCAGUCACACAGCAGUGAACAAUAAUCUUAUUGAACACCUUCCACAAAUUCGAGGACUUCUUCAGAACUUGUAUCGUCAAACAUCUGAUCCCAGUAACCAACGAGCUGAAACCCCUCAAAUGCAAAACUUGAACACUGAUCAGCCUAGCCAAAAUUAUACAGGUAGUCAUGGAAUGGGUCAAGCUUCUAACCAAGGAAUGGAUGUUGGUGUUAACAUACCAAAACCAGUAGAAUUAAACCAAGUUAUAAACCCAGUUACAUUUGUUCAGAAUACACAAGCUCAAACUCUUCCAGCACUAUCAACAACUGAUGAAAAUCUCAAGUCUGUUAUCUUAAAGGCACUGGAGAAACAUUUAGAAGAACAAGUACAAAAACAAGUGAAAGAAGAACAAAUGAAUAGAAUAGUUAAUACAGUGAAAUCUAACCAAAAUGUGGAUUUGAACAAAAUGACUACAUUUGGUCUUUUAACCCAGAAUGGAGAUGGUAGACAAAUUGUGAAUCCGUAUGCGAGUCAAGAAAAGGUUAAAAGCCCUGAAGUGGAUGGAAAUCAACCAAUUGUUGGAUUAAAAAGACAGUUAUCUCCAACAAGGUUGAGUUUUGAAACUUUUCCGAUUUUAAACCCCAAAACACGACCAAUGGAUACCCAGUCUUUUUUUGAAACCAAGGCAAGUGAGGGGAGUGAACAGGACUUUCAGAAUUUAUUUUGUCUGUCUCAAGCACUAAGUCAUACAAAUCCUCCUUUGCCAGUUGGUUUUGUGAGGAAUUAUAGAAAUGUUGAACAAUUCUCAGAGGAUAUGACACAAUUUAUGGAAACUGGAAAUCAAAUGGCGACAAGCUCUGGUUCUAUCUCAAACCCUAAAUUGUUUGUUACGAUAUCCCAGGAUGAUUCUGUUGAAAAACAAGCCAGUGGCUCAAUGCUUAGAAAGAUUUUAACAGCAGAUGUAGAUGAAUGUAAUAGUAGUCUCAGUCCAAGCCCAGUAUCUAGUCCAGAUAUACAACUAGAAUCUCCUUCCUCAUUAUCCUCUCCUAAUAGUGUAUUAUUUGAUGGAAAUACACAGCUCACUUUAUUACAGAAAUCAGAGGAGCUAAAUUUAAACUCCGACAAUUUAGACGAUACCCCAUCUGAUUUGUGGAAUACUAGUGUGUUUUCAGAUGAUGAUAACAUUUCCAUGGUUCCUACCAAGUCUCAUAAAUCUAAGCGAAAUCAUGAUACUCAUUCUACAUCUUUUGAUAAGAAAUUAUCUGUGGAGACAUUAUUUGAUGCCGGUGGGGCAACUUGUUCUAAUGCCUAUCAGUUUACGCAGUUCGGUCAGAAUGGAGUUGCUUUUGGACUAUCACAAAAUGAAACUGAAACAACCCAAUCUUCAAUGAGUACUAGUGGCAUUACUACACACAUGCAAACACCAGUAUCAGUGGCAGGAGGAGAAUCCUUGAAAUCAGUAGCUCCUCCUGUUACAAAGGCCACUCCACAGAACCGUAAAAUUAAGGAAGCAACAUUAACUGGACAAUAUCCAAGUAAAGUAGGUGAUCUUGAGCUUUGUAUUAUUACACAACCAGAAGAGCAGCACAGAGCACGAUAUUUGACAGAAGGUAGUCGUGGGGCUGUAAAGGAUACAACUCAGCAAGGAUAUCCAGUAGUUCAGUUAUUUGGAUACAAGGAACCAACAACAUUACAGAUAUUUAUUGCAUGUGAAUCUGGUAGAAUCAAGCCGCAUGGAUUUUACCAGGCAUGCCGAGUCUGUGGAAAAAAUUCAACGCAAUGCACAGAAAAGACAUAUGAUGGAACAGUUGUGAUUGAAACUGAAAUAUUACCUGCUAAUGAUAUGACUGUCAGUAUUGAUUGUGUUGGUAUACUCAAGUUAAGAAAUGCCGAUGUUGAAAAGAGAAUUGGAAUGGUGAAAGCUAAGGCUAAGAAGAAGAAUAAUACAAGAGCACGAAUGGUAUUCAGAGUAACAGUAAAGAAACCGGAUGGAAACUUUCAAGUUUUGCAAACGGCCUCAACACCUAUUUUAUGUACUCAGCCCAUAGGUCAGCCAGAGAUAGGUAGAGUUAGUUUAAAUGGAGGCAGCAUAUCAGGAGGGGAAUCUCUUUUUAUUAUUGGAAAAAAUUUUAUGAAGGGAACAAAAGUUCUAUUUCAAGAACUGGCACAAGAGGAUGGUGCUGUCAUUUGGGAAAGAGAAGCAGAAAUUGAUAAUGAAUUUUUCCAACAGCAACAUUUGAUUUGUACAGUACCUGAAUAUCACACAAAGAAUGUUGUUAAACCGGCCAUUGUACAGAUUGUUAUAAGAUGUAACAGUAAAACUAGUGAUGCUUAUAAAUACAUCUAUAAUCCAGUGGUUGAGACACCUGUAAAAAUAGAAGUUCCCAUGGAAACAGAUGAAGAUCAGAAAGCACCUUCCUUUGUAUCGCCAGUUGCAUUGGAAUUGAAUCGACUAAUACAGCAGACACAGAAUUCCCAGAAAGCUUCUUCCUUGUUUCAACUGCCACCUGGUGCUGUAUUUGGAAUAACUCAAUCAGGAAUGACAACUCAACCAGUUGGAUCGGUAUCGGUGGCAGGUCAUCCAAGUCUUCAGACUAUAGCUGGCCAUGAUAAGAUGAUAAUGACUUCUGCCAUGCCUAAUCGUUCAACACAUCAAUCAACUGUUGCAUCCAAUCCCCAGUUGAUUAUGGUAAGUAAUGGUUCAAAUGUAAACCAACCUAACUUGGUUAAUUUUGGAACAUCUAGUCCGAUUACGUCUCAACCUAUGAUUGUCAUCUUACCUCCUAACAAUAACGCCAUGCCUGACAACACCUCACCUAUUAACUCUAACGCACAAGUCGAAUCACUGUUAAAAUCCUUAUUGGGUAAUACAACACCUGAACAUAGUUGAUGUAAGAUAAGUUAUAUAAGUUAUAUACUGUCUAACUGCAUGAUCAUAUCUGAAAUAUAUCAAUUCUUGAUUUUAAGUUUCAAAGACGAUCGUUAAAGACAGACUUUCAUGGUAAUAAAUAGUUAUCAGUUAGAACUUUGGGUUAUGGAAUGUCUGCAAAAUAAAGUUGAAGGAAGGGACUUAUGAAGCUUUAACUUACAGCUUACAGUAAUGUGAUUUAGAGCUGUGUAUGGGGUUUUUUGUAUUUACAUGCAUGUAAUGUGUAUUGUUUGUUGUUUUUCUAAAUGUUGUGAUAACAUAAUGUUGUAUUACAUUGAAAAGCUUAUUAUAUAGAUUAGCUUCUUGCGUAUGACUUUUUUUUUUGUGUGUGUCAGAUUAUGAGGUAUAUAUCAUUCUGUGAAAAAUAUUUAUUUUAUUGAGUUGUUAUGUAUUUUAUUAAUAAACUAGCCUAGUAUAUAAUUAUAUAUAUGUAUGUUAUUUUCAUUCCAUUUUCCUUCAUUUAUUAUUUUAUUUGAGUACAUGAACCUUUCGAUAUUGAUUGGUAAUAUGUAGGUAGUCACUGUGUGUACACUACAUUGAAGAAAGGGCAUCAUAUUAUUAAAGAUGACACCUUUUAAAUAUGCGACAUAUUAAUAAUGUAUAUAAACGCUUAUCAGAUUAUUUUUAUUGGAAAAAAAAAGAAAUGAAGGAAUUUGUUUCGAUGUGAAUAGGACAAACCAGUGCAUCAUUAAUGUCUUAACUUAGAUAAGAACUCUUAAUGGAUGCAAUAGACACCUGACAGAUGUGAGUGUAUUUUGCGGAUACACCCAUUUCAUUGUAAACCAAUAUGUACAGCAGACUGAAAACCUUACACUUUUUUCAUGCUGUUGUGUUAUAGCUAGCAAUUACUCAUUUAUUGUACAUUAUUAGGAGUGAUUUUAUAGGAACAUCUAUUACAUGCAUGGUGUUUCCAAGAAUGUGUGUUUAUAUGAACUAGUGAUUAUCUGGUUGGUUGAGUUUUAUACAUGUAGACUAAUAUACUUGAUUAUCUACUUAUUACAUCUUGAAUUAGAAAAAAAAAAUAUUUUGUCUGUGAUAUCACUACUAUGGAAACUGACAUUAAACCUUCAGAAACUACAAAGUUCGCAGGAAAAAUGGGGAUGGAAAUGAAAAAAAAAACCCACCAUUUUGGUGUUGAUAAGAUUACUAUUUUUUUGCUUUUUGUCCCAUUAAAACAGUAUUUGUUACAAAUGAAUAACCCCAAUUUGAUAUUGUAGAAUUAUUGAAUGCUUUAUAUAACAUAUAUUAAUAGUUACCUAUGUAACAAUGAUAUGAAAACAUGAUAAACUGCACUGACAAAUGUUGAAUGUAAAAAUACAAAUGUACUGCAACAAAUGCAUUUGUUUAUUUGGGAUUUUUUAUUGUUUGUUAGGGGUGAGCAAUUUUCCAAACGGAUGAUUUACAUAUUAUCCAUGUAAAAAAGCAAACAUUUAUUGAACAUGAUUCAUAUAUUUUACUCAACCUAAUUAUUUAUUAUUACUUCCAUGUUAUUAUUACUAUUAUUAUUAUACAUUUAUUAGAUAUUAUGCUCUUUGGUACAUUUGUUUAAACUCCAAAAAGACAAAUAUUUGUAUAGAAAACCUUAAGUAGAUUUUAUGACACGAUACAUGUGUAUAUAUUUUUAUAAUUCCUAAUAAUUAUGUUGGACUUCUUGGUCACAUAUUUUCUGCAAAAUAUUAGUAUACUAUAGUAUAAGCGAAAAAAAAAAAAAGAGUUUUUGAUCAAUUUUAAGUCUCUGUGCAUCACUGAUUAUGUAACAUUUAAUUAAGACAAUAAAAUCAAUGGUAGAUAAUCUUUUGACUUGGAUUCAAUGGGAUUUUGGUGAAGAUUACAGAUUGCUGUAACUAGUUUUAUCCUGAUCCGUAUGGAAAGGAUGCCGAAUGUUGUUUUCAUUUUUGACUGAUAUUCCUUUUAGAGAUUCAACUUUCACAAUGUUGUAGUUUGCAAGGGAUUCCUACAUUCCUCAGAUGGCACACAGAGACUUUAAUUUUAAUAGUUCCAUCUUAAAAUUUUGACAAUUUAUACAAUUUUUUUUAAACUUACAUACUGAGAUUGAUGUUGUUAUAAUCAAUGUGCGUAUAGAAUAUACCUUUAAAACAAAUUAUGAGAGCAAUUUACAUGAAAAUAUUUAUAUAGUUCUGUUCUAUUUUAUAUGUUAAAUUUGACCCGAAGUUAUUUAAAAUCAUUGUCGGCAUCAUCGCCACUAUAAACCAAACAUGAUGGUAAAUAUUUUUUUUAGAACCCAGAUUAAAAUUGAAUUCUUUCUAAUACACACAUUGAUUAUGAUAAUAUACGAUGUAAUAUGUAUAUUAUAUAUUACUGUAUAUAGAUUGUAUAUAGAUGUAUAGUAUGAAUGAUGGAAGUGACAUGAUAUAAGUAUCUUAUAUAUGUCAGUGAUAGUGUAUGUAUAAUGUAACCCCUAUAAGGCUAAAUGUUUCUUAAACCGCUCACAAUGUUUUUACAUAAGAAUUACCUACCCUUUCAAACAAAGUAGUAUCUCGCCUGUUCUUUGUGCUAUGAAUGUUCUAUGAGCUAAGUUCACUUUUGAUGUCCUAGCAUUUGGAUGAGAAAAAUAUCUUUUCUACUUUGUAAACAUGGUUAUUAUUUAUGAAAGUCUUGAUGCAUACAGUACACUCAGAUGUAAUUUGUGACAUUAAAGACAUGUAUAUUUUUCACUAAUUGCAACUGUUGAAAAUUGUGAACACAAAAGAGAAAUAAUUUGAGAUUGAAAUUUUGUAGAAACCUAAUGAGAUAGGUCUCCAUGGAAUUAGUAAAAUCUUGAUAACAUUUUUAUUUGACAGUAAGGAAGAACGCAAUGUAAAAUAUUAAUAAUCAUUUUAAAGGGUUAAAUAAAACAAAUUCCUGAGAGGAGGUUUAUUUAAAAUAGAGAUUUUGUGAAUUAAUGUUGCAUGGAAGGAUUAAUACAUGGAAUGAAAAUAUUUUGGAUACCGUCUUUGUAAAUAUAUAUAUAUAUAUCGGGCAUAAUAUAAUAUGUAUGUCCAUGUCCAACAUUUUAUUAAUCAUAUAUCCAUCUUGACCAGACUGUUAACUAAUGUCAGAAAAUCUAAUUAAAAGAUUUGAAAUUUAUUUGAAGUGAAAUAUUGGAAUAUAAUUACUUUCAACUUCAAGUAAGUCAUUGAAAACUAAACUGUUUGAUGAUUUAUUAUAACAGAUGCUGAUUUUUAGGACAUUGAAUUAUAAAUAACGCACAAGUAUGUUACAAAAACUCACACAAGUAUGUUAAAAAAACCUCGAAACUACAUUUAUUUACUAAUGAAAGUAAUUGAAAAACAGUUGCAUUGUGUAUACAUGAAGAUUUUUUUAAAAAAUGAAUACUGGUACAGAAAAUGGAUGUGAAAGUAUUUUUGUACGAUUUACUAGUAAUUUUAACAUAUUAACAAAAUUAAAUCUAUUUUAAAAUACAGUAAGCAUUGUUUUUUUGAUGGGCAGCUAUUAACAUUUGGUCAUUUUGAAUUCAUAUUCUUCAUGAAUAUUCUUGUUAAAUCCAAGGGAUUCUUUCAUUAGACUUGGAUGUAAUUGGGAGAUUUUCUUAUGAUAACGGAUAGAAUAUAUUAUCAAAUGCUUUUAACAAUAUUUAAACUAAGUAGUAAUUGGGAUUUUAUCAAUAGUAUUCCCUGGAUUGUUUAUAUUAUCUACAAUAAUCUGUCUUAGUUAAAAUAAAUGACAUUUAUAACCGAUUCAUUUUGCAUGUACAUGUAUUUUAUGACAACUUAUUCUAUAGUGCUCAUCCGAUAUAUUUAUUUCUAACACACACUUUGUCCUCAUACUUUCAUUCUGCUUAUUUGUUUCUGUCUCUGUGCAACUACUUAUCAUGUUAUGCUUUAUAUUUUGCUUUUUAUUUGCAGUUGUUUGUAUUCAGAAUUCUUGGUUUUUGAAACAUUUGACAAUCUGAAAUUAAUAUAUGUUGGGUAGUAUGAAGGGAAAUUCCUUUAGUGCCUUGAUUUAAAAAACAAAAGUAUUUUUUAUUGUAAAUGAAAACCCACACAAUGGUGUUGUUCAAUGUUGAUGUUUUGCCAUUAAAACUAGUUGAACAUUAGUGAGAGGCAUUUGUUGUCAAGGCUUCAUCUAGACUCACAAAUAGAAUAUCCCAUGAUCCAGCCCAGGGGUUGAUGCCUGGGGUUUAAAUAGUGCAAGUUAGUAGUUUAUGUGAAAGAUCAAUUUGCAUUUAAAUUCUAUUAAGAGGAGAUGCGAAUGCUGCUCUCUACCACUGCACAUGUAAUGAUAGAAAAACAUUGAGAAAUUUCACGAUUUUGGCAUUGAUGAAUAUAAAAAUAAGUCAUGAAAGAAAAACAUGAAAGUUGGUAGAACAAAAACACCAGCAUGUCUCUCUCUGAUUUUGUGGACUUUUUAAAAAUUUCUAAUCUUUUUCUCUUUCUACUUCCAUGACACUGUCUAUAUUUUUAUAUGCCCAUAUUUUCAUGUGUACUUAUAUUGUCGUUGCCCCUGUCCGUCUACAAGUAACAAUUUUUAUUCGAUUUUAAUAAAACUUAAAAUAUAGGUCUAUCUCCCAAAGAUCUCAGUUCAUGGAUUAUGGCCCCUGAUUGUACGAAAAAUCACGUUGUUAGCUUGUGAACACACUAAAGGUCACAAUUUUCAUCUGAUUUAGAUGAAACUUGAAAUACAUGUUUACUUCCUAAAGAUCUUGGUUCCUUUCAAAAUUAGUGCAUAUUGGAUUGUAACUUCCUGAAUUAUGCCCCGUGGUUGUUUGAAAAAUCACCUUUUUAGCUUGUGGGUCCCUCUAAAUAUAUAGUGUAUCAAGGUUGUGGACCCUCUAGAAGUCACAGUUUUUAUCCGAUUUGGAUAAAACUUUAAAUAUAUCUUUAUAACAACCCAAAGAUCUUGUUUCCUGUCGAUAUUGUCGCAUAUCGGAUCGUAACUUCCUGAAUUAUGACCCUUGAUUGUACGAAAAAUCGCUUUUUGUUUAGCUUGUUGUCUAUCCAUCUCUUGCAAAAUGUGGGCAUAUCUUGCCUGGCAGCCGCUGGUUAUGAUGUAAAUUGAAAUGAAAUGGCCUUAAACAUCCAAACUUUUGGCACCAGCUGAGCUAAUGAAGAUGGGCAAUAAUGUAAAUACAUGUAGAUCUAAAUAAAAUAGCUUACUCACUGGCAUUAAUCGUUCUGGAUAUAGGUAGUUGUAUGUAUAUUGUUGCACACUUGGCUUUCACUAAACUUAGAGCCUAAUUAUUGUUGUUGCUUUAAUUGUGUUGAUAUUAUUACAACAGAAAAUUAUUACACACAGGGAUUUUAAAAUAUAAAAUCUUACUACAAUGGAUUCUGUCUUGAUGGUAACAUUAGAUAAAUGUACUUAAAAUUUUUACACACCCAACUUAAUUUAUUUGUUUACGGUGGUCUAAAUUGUCUUGGUACAGUAUUCAAUUUGUUGUAAAUGUUGAUAAUGUAAUAAUGGUUUGUACGGUGAUAAAUUGUGAUAUCAAAGCAAGUAUACUAUUAUAAUACCGGUAAAUCAUAAUAUAUUCAUUUUUUUAAAGAAAUGCAAUUACAAUAUUUAUGAUUUUUGUUGAGUAACACUAAAAAAAAAUCUGUCAGUUCAUGCUUAAUUCUAUACCAGCAUUUUCUAAUCAUCAGUUCAGUGCACUUCAUCAUAAACUUUUCUUCAAACAUGAAAUUCUUGAUUUGAUAUUGAAGUUGAUAUAUAUCCAUUACUUUUUAAUACUUGCUUUCUGUGCCAAAUUUUGUAUUAUGUUUGUGUUUGACAUAUUUGCAUUGUUUUGAUAUUGUAAGAUAAUUUGAAUGGUUGAUCAUAAGAAGGGUGAGUAAUAUGUUUUCAUUAGUUUAUAUAUCACCAACCAUAUGGAUUUAUUUAAUGUUGACAAAAUUGAAAUUUGAUUUAAAAAAAAAAAAUGUGAUGAGUAUUAAACUGAUUUAUGAAUUUUGAAAGAUAAAACAUGGAAUUGAGUUUCCAAAUUUGUGAUUGCUGUAAACAGCUUAUGUUAUUAUGUGAGAGGUAGUAACAAACUAAAUAUAUUAACAGCCUAUUUUGGUUAUGAAGUCAAGAUAUAUUGUAUCUUGUAAGAUUAGCAUGAUUAUCUAAUUCAUUAGUUAUACAUUACAUUAGUGAAGGGGGCCAGAAUAAGCCAAUAUCACUGCUUUGUUUUUAUUAUCUGCUGAUAAUCGUUUUAUCAUUUGUCAAGUCAAUCUUCAUUUAUAUCAUAUUUCUUCCAAUCUAAUUCAAAUUAGAUUACUAUUUUGUUUUCUUUUUUUUUGUCUGACUUUGGCACUGUCAUUGUAGACAAAACCAAAUGAAGUUGAUAGCUUAUUUUAAUCAGAUUGUAUGUCUUCAUGACAGUGAUUUAUCAUUUUGUUGAAUUUUUUUUUUUUUUUUUUUUACUCAAGUCAAUAUUAAAUGUCUACGUGUCUGAUUUAGGACAUGCAAAUAAAAAGAAAAUCUUGAGCGCUCAAGUUAAUGAAGUUGAGCACACAAGAUAUUUAAGUCAAGCCUCAAGAUAAUUAGGACUGGGAGAUAAUUAAGUCGAGAUAAAUAUAUGGUGGCUGGGAAAGGACAUCCAAUGAUUUUAUAUCGACUUAGUAUCUUGAUCGAGAUUGACUUGGCAUCUCAAUCGAUUGACUUUCUAUAAUAAGGCUAAACUGGAAGUGUCUUGCUCCACUGUCUCCACUGAGUAUUGGAUUUUACGAACGUUUGUGGUGACCAGACGCGUGUCCAGAGAAUAUUUUGUUUCUCCUACAUUCACCCCAAAAAAUAACGUUGAACAAACGAACGUGCAAACCAUCGCCGCUCUACUCCAGUCCUAUAUCUGUAUAUGCCUAAAUAUUGUCUCAGAUCUUCUGAUUUUAUUUAAAAAAAAUCUCUGGUAACUCCCAGACCUCACACCAAACUUGACGUCUCCGCCCCAGAUUCCAAACUGUUCAAAUUCCUAGACACGUGUCUGGGUAAACGAUAUCCCAGCACCGUUGUUGCCUCACUGGUUUGAGGGCAAGUAUGGUGCCCAAGGCCCUGCUUAACAGUAAGUCGAUCGAUCGUGAUAAUUUGGGAUGACCUUUCCUAGCCACUGUAUGGAUGGGACAAGUUGGAUUGUAUUAUCCUGUGGCUCAACCUAUUAUUUCGAGUGCUUGACUUAGUAUCUGAAGCACACAACUUAGUAUCUUAACUGCACAAAUUAGUAUCUCAAGUGCACAACUUUUUUGGCAUGUCCUAAAUCAGCCACCGUAAAUGUUUCUGUUUUUAUCAAUAGGAAUAUGAUCAAUAAAUUUUGUCUUCAAAUUUUACAGCUUCAUUUUGCUAUAUUGAGGUACAUUUGUUCUUACUUUGGUAAUAUUUCUAUUACAUUAUGUGUUUAGAAAUUUAAAAAAAGGAAAUGCAUGGAUGUACUGUACAUGUAGCUUGAAUAACAUUGAAGUUAUAUACACAUUGUAGCUUGAAUAACAUUGAAGUUAUAUACACAUUGUUUGGUAGACACAACUCAUUAUCAUUUUUAAAAAGAAAAAUGAAAAAAAAAAAAAAAUGUAUAUUACACAUAUAAUCUGUUUUUAUUCAUUGUCACCCAUAUCCUAUAGCAUUAUCAUUUUUUUGUUUUGUGAUAUUUGUAAUACAUAUGCUAAAAGUGGACUGAAAUAUUUGCAGUUGUCAUUGUACUUCAAUAUUUUAUGAAUCUCGCAGCAUGUGCAUUCUGUAGUUAUUUUGUUGUCUGUGAUUUUAUAUAAAACAUUAAUCAAAGAUAAUAAUUAUGAUUGACUUAAGUUUACAUAAUGCAGAUUGAGAUGAAAAAAAAAAUAGUAAAACACAUGUAAUUAUCAAGAUUUGAAAAUAUACUAACAUUAUUUUGAUAAACCAAAGAAUAUUGAAUUAGUGGAAUCGGUUUGACUAAAGACACUACAUCUGUUGUUAAUUUAUUUGUAGUAAAUAUUUAAUCUGGACUUAUUAACACUAUCUUAUUAUUCUUCCAAAAUGUCCCUUUUAUCAGUAAUAAUUACAUUGAACAAUAACAUAAUAGAGAUAAACAGGUUUGUGAAAAUGUUAAAAUAUUUGUUCUCUUGACUUCAAUUUAAAACUUUGUUAUACAUAUCUAAUUCAGAUAUAAAUGUCUAUCAGAUAUAGUGCCUUUAGUAAGUAAUGCUCAAUAUAUUUGUCUAAAUAGUAUUGUGAGAAGGAAAAAAGCUGUGCAUUUUUAUAACCUUCCAGAAAAUUAAAAUGCUUCAUUGAAGUGAAAUAUAACCCAGUAUUAUGGAAUAACACUUGUUUUUCUCAGUUUAACAGAAAAAAUACAUUACAAUUUACACCCUCACAUAAAAUAUGUGAUUAAAAUUGUGGUUGGCACCGUCCGUCAGUCAGAUGCCCACAAUUUGUUAUGAACACUCUACAAAGUACAUAUAUCCUAUGAUCUUUGACAAUUGUGUUCAGAUAAAGAUGCCUUUUGAAUUUUGGCUAUUUCUAAAAAUAAGUAACAGUUAUUGUCCCUGUCAACUAUGUAAACUCUUGUGAACACUCUUAACUACAAUAAUUGCGCGCCGAUCUGUUUGUAUGCACUGUUCAGAAGAAGAAGCAUAUCAAAUUUCAACAAUUUCCAUUUAAAGUUAUGCUCUAACAAAAGCAAGUUUCAUAUAUCCAAAGAAGCCGAUAAGAUUUUUAGAAUUUACAAUAAUUCCUACUAGAGUUACUGUCCAUGUCACUUUGUGGAAGCUAGUGAAAUAUAGAAUCUUUUUGAAUAAGAACAAAUUCUAAUAAUUACUUGAUCCCAGAAUCUUGUCAACACAUCAAUAUUAUACAGUUUAAAAAUGUUCCUUUUUAUAUACCCAACGAUUCAACUAUUAUGGACUGCUUGCACGACUUUGAUUCUGUGGGUGUAUGUUUUAUUGCAUGGCAACCUAUCUUUAAUAUAAGUUUGAAUAACGAAGAAUGUUUCUGUUAAAUUGAAAGAGAUAUUUUUGUCUUAGAUUUGGAAUAUAUUUCUAUUUGGAUUAUUUAAUAGCCCUUAUGCCUAAAGGUGAGGGAUUUUCAAUAUUUUCAAAAUUGAAAGAGAUAUUUUUGUCUUAGAUUUGGAAUAUAUUUCUAUUUGGAUUAUUUAAUAGCCCUUAUGCCUAAAGGUGAGGGAUUUUCAAUAUUAUUUUUAAAAACUAUUCUUGGGUAUGUAAAAUCCUUCUUUAAUGGGGGUGUGUGGUGGAUUGCCGAAUGGUUAGCAUGUGAGUGCUGUAUCAUAAGAUCAGGCAAUCCUACUCCUUCCCAUGUACAACUGGGGAAUUGAAACCAUGGCAGUUGACUCAUUGACAGACCUUAUGAUACAGCACGUACGCGCUAACCAUUUUGUCAUCCACCCUUCCAAUCUUUAUACAGAAACCUUGUCAACACUAAACUUUAUAAUUGAAAGAUCGGUUGGUUUUUUUUCAAACUUGGUGGGAUACUUUGUUCCUCCUUACAAUUAGCCAAAUGAAAUUCAGACUUGCACAUCUAUUUUAUGUUGAACUAUGAAAUUUAAAAGCCACCCUCAAAAUGCUGGUUGUGGGUGUAUAUGAGAAUGCUAUGGUUGCAACAUACAAAUCAAAAUUAUUUCUGUAUUAUUUGAUCUAUGGCAGAAGGGUUUUUAAAAAGUUUAUACCACUAUUAUUUCAAGGUUUUUUUUUAAAAGUCUUGAAAUAUUUAUUAUGUUAACAAUUUGUUUUAAGUAAAUGAAUUAAACAUUAAAACAAUA